GUUAUCCUGCCAGUGUCAUCAAUCUCAUCUUCAUCUUAUUAAUUCAUACCAAGACAACAGGUAGAACAAGUCCAGUGUGACACACCCAUAAAGCACUGCACAGGAAAUGUUGGGGCAAUAAAGGCAGCAGGACGCAGCAGGACGCACGGAUGAUGAACGAUGGCUCUGGUUCUUUGUGCUCUACUGUGUGUUGUGCUCUUUGACACUGGAGCUCUGGGGUUUGGGAUUUUGCCAGGGGAAUCUCAGAGUCACCAGGAGAUCACAGAGCAAGCCAUCUUAAAUGCAACUGUUUACGCGUGCCGCCAUCUGGCACAGGCUGAUGGGACAGUCUUCAACUUUCCUCCACGGCCUUUUACUGCUUCAGCUGUUGCUGCAGCCUGUGGAGCUUCAUCAUCAUCAAAAAGUUUCCGUCAAGCCAUCAUAGCCAUCACCUUCACAAAUGUCAGGGUAGACAUUCGUCAUGCCCUCAAUGCCAGCUUCCACUUUGAUGACGAAAUGUUUGUGGGUGGAAGGAAAAUCAUCACAGAGGGGAUUUUGGCUGUCAAAGCCAGUAACAAGCAGGGAAACUAUGAGGCAGCGAGAGAAAAGCUCGGAGAGAUCCUCCAUCCAUUACAGGACUUCUACAGCCAUAGUAACUGGGUGGAACUAGGAAAGUCUCUCCCAAAUGCCAAUCUGAUCAGAUCAGACACCAACGUCGGUAACAUAGCAGCUGAAAGCAGGGCAACAUGCCGCAACUGUGAUGGAGAUGACUGCAGGAACAAUAUUUUGGACGACAUCAUAAAUGAGGAGGUGUUGACCUCUGGGUACUUUGGCAUUGUACCUGUUGUUUCAACCAAACCAAAAGGAAAAUGCAGCCACGGUGGAGGUGUUGAUCAGACGAGCACCAUCGAACCUAAAGGUGGCAUCAACAAAGACACAUUCAAGUCUAGUCAUGGACAUCUGCACACCACAGCAGCAAAUAUGGCAGUAGCUGCAACCAGUCAGCUACUGGAGGACAUUCGAGCGGCUGCAGACGACAGACCAUUUCUAGAGAUGAUGGGAAUCUCCAAAGGUUCCAGUAAAGCUCUCUGUUUGGUGAUUGACACAACAGAAAGUAUGAGGGAUGACAUCGAUGCAGUGAAAUCUGUCACUUCGACUAUAAUCAACAGUGAAGUGGGAACAGAAGACGAGCCCUCACUUUACAUUCUCGUACCUUUCAAUGAUCCAGAUGUCGGGCCACUGAUAAGGACCAAGGAUCCAGAAAACUUCAAGAAAGCUAUUGAUUUACUGUCGCCAUCUGGAGGAGGAGACGAGGCAGAGAUGAGUCUUUCAGGGCUUGAGCUGGCUUUAACAGUUGCUCCAUUUAACUCUGAGAUCUUCCUCUUCACUGAUUCAUCUGCAAAAGACACAUAUCUGAAAACCACAGUGAUGGCACUCAUAGAGCGGACCCAGUGUGUGGUGAACUUCUUGAUUACUGACACAUCAACAACCAAUCGUGCCCACUGGUCCAACAGGAGACUGCUUUCAGACAGGUUGGCAGCUGCUGAUGCUCAGGUGUACAGAGACGUGGCUCAGGAUUCAGGAGGCCAGUUUAUCGAAGUCACAAAGUCUGAGCUUCCAACGGCUACCAGCAUCAUUAUAGAGUCCUCCAGCUCCUCUCUGGUCACUAUCCUGCAGACAGCUAGGAAAGGAACCACAGAUGAUUUCCCUUUUAUAAUUGAUGAAACUGUAACUAAACUUAGGAUCUACAUCACUGGGCGCUCGUACAGCUUCACUCUCACCAGUCCCUCAGGUGAGACUCAGAAAAGCACAGACGCGACAGGAACAUUAAUCACAUCUUCUCAAUUAGUGGGAAACUUUCAGAGUCUGCAGCUGAAGAUCCAAAAGGGCCAAUGGAAACUGACUAUGUCAUCAACAAAUCCUUACACUGUUAAAAUCAUAGGUCAGAGUCCCAUUGACUUCCUGCUUGACUUUGUGGUGGCAUCACAAGGCCCAUUCUCUGGAUUUGACACUCUUCAGACACGUCCGAAAGCUGGUGUUCAGGGGAACCUGAUUGUGACGCUAACUGGGAGUGACACGGCCACAGUUACAGAAGUGGCUCUGGUUCAACCAUCAGGAUCAGGUGAAGUUAAAGGAACAGUGGAGCCACAAGAAGAAGGGAAGUUCUUAGUUCAGGUGGACAGGAUGCCAACAGAGUUUGUAGUGCGAGUAAAAGGGUCGGAUUCAGGUACAAGUACAGCUACAGCCUCAUCCUUCCAAAGGCAGUCAUCGACCAUCUUCAGAGCCUCUAAUGUGACCAUUAGUGCUGAUUCAAACAGUCUUUUAACACCAGGAACACCCCUCGUUGUGCCCUUCACUGUGACGACCGAUGGAGACGGAGGAAACUUUACCAUCCGAGCCACCAAUAACAGACGUUAUGAGUCCACUUUUCCGACCAGCUUAUUUGUGGCGGGCCGCAGUAGUAAUGGAACAGUGACGCUGUCAGCUCCUCGUACCACCCCAUCUGGUACUGACGUCACUCUCACCAUAGAAGCAGAGGCUCCUGGGGGACAAGACACAAACUAUGUGAUGCUACGGAUUUCCGUCCUUAACACGGUGACUGAUUUCAAACAGCCUGAGUGCAAAGUGCUCAGUCACCAGUCCAACUGCUCUGGAAACUGCAGCUCAGACAUGUGGGAGAUGAGGAUCCAAGUGACUGACGGCUCAGAUGGGACGGGAGUCGACCGUGUCAGCCUCAGACAGGGAAACGGUACCAUGAACGUCAGCACAGAUUCUGCAAACGACAAGAACAAAGUGGUGUCGUACGUUUCACCCUGCUGCUCACAGAUGAUGGAGCUGGUGGUUGUGGAUGGAGUUGGAAACGUGGGCUCCUGUUCCUUCUCCAGGGACGGUUCAACGGCUGCUCUCUCUGCAUCCACCAGAAUCACACCGUCGGCCUUUCUGUGUCUAAUGAGCAUGCUGACACUCGGCCUCCAUGUCCUCAGUCAACAUCUAACAUGAAGACCAGACUAAUUAAAGAUGACUUCAUAUAAUGUGUGAAAAACUAAUCCUAUUGUUCUUUAGUACAGCAUGUAUUCCAAAAAAGUUGGGACAAUGGAACAUUUUGAAAAUCUUAUGAAUCCACAUUUUAUUCAUAUAUUAAUAUAGAAAAAACUAUAUGGAAGUAAAUCUGUCUCAUCAGAUUUGGAAUUAUAAAAG